CGCUCCAGCUUCCAGACAACCGGGGUACAACACAAAACCAAUCAGAAAUAGCUAAUGCAUUGAAUCAUCAUUUCGCAUCUGUCGGACCUAAACUCGCAAAUAGCAUACCAUUAUCCACCAGGGACUUUAAGGAUUACCUAGGGAAUUCAAAUUAUUCCAAUUCUUUCUUCUUUGACGCUUUCACUCGUACUGAAAUUGAAAUGGAAAUUUUGAGUACUCCAUCAAACAAUGCCUACGGACUUUAUUCAUGUCCAGUUCGUCUUUUGAAGUCAGAUAGAUCUUCCAGAAGAAAUUAGAACGCGGAAGAACCUGAGCGAGUUGCUUCCUACUAUUCUCAGAAAGGUGUGACAGAAAUCUGGUCUUUUGAGAGUGAGGUUUAUAUAUAAAAACCUUAACAUGUCCAGCAUACAGUGGCUUUAUAUUGGUGUUGAUGUUGGUGGGACAAACACUGAUGCUGUGGUCCUUAGAAUGAAGGAGGUGCUUUGCUCAGCUAAAGUUCCAACCACUGAGGAUGUGACUUCUGGUAUCUCUGAAGCCAUCCAAUCAGCAUUGAGCCAGCUUCCAGAGGAAUAUCAACCCAAUCCAACUCAACAUGUGGCUAGGGUAAACAUUGGCACCACUCAUUUUGUGAAUGCUGUGGUCCAGAGGAAGUUCCUCACCAAAGUGGCUGUGCUAAGGUUGUGUGGACCAGCAACUAGAGCCAUCCCACCUUUGUGUGAUUUCCCUGCUGAUCUGAGGAAUGUUGUUGGUGGAAUGCACUUUUUCCUCAAUGGAGGAUUUCAGUAUGAUUGUUCAUGUAUAACUGAUGUUGAUGAGGAAGAAGUGAAGAGGAUUGCUAAUAAAGUACACUCAGCAGGAAUAAGAAAUGCUGUCAUUGUUGGAGUUUUCUCUCCUGCCUCUAAAAAACAAGAAGUUCAAGUAGCUGAGAUUAUCAGAUCUGCCCAUCCAGAUAUGAGUCUGACACUCUCUCAUGAAGUGGGCUUGAUAGGCUUGCUAGAGCGGGAGAAUGCAGCUGUUCUUAAUGAGAGUCUAAAGCCACUUUGCAAAAAGACUGUGGCAGCAUUUUGUGAGGCUUUGAGAACCCUUGGCUUGAAAUGUCCCUUUUAUCUCACACAGAAUGAUGGCACCAUAAUAAGAGCAGAGCAGGCUCUACACCUUCCUGUGUUAACAUUUGCAUCAGGCCCAACAAACAGCAUGCGAGGAGCAGCAUUCCUGUCAGGUGUGCAAGAUGCGAUUGUUAUUGACAUUGGAGGAACCACUACUGAUGUAGGAGUGCUUAAAGGGGGAUUCCCGAGACAAGCUUCUGCCAGAGUUAAGAUUGGAGGAGUUAACACCAACUUCCAAAUGCCUGAUGUGCUAAGUGUGGGACUUGGUGGAGGAUCAGUCAUAGCACAGACGCAGGAGGCAAUCACAGUUGGCCCAUCAAGCGUUGCAUACAAGUUGAUGACUGAAGCUUUGGUUUUUGGAGGGAAGAUAAUAACAUCUACUGACAUAGCUGUUGCUUUUGGCCUCUGUGAGAUUGGAGAUAAGGAAAGAACUAAGGACAUUCCAGAGGUUAUUAAGGAGGGAGCAAUGGCGGAGAUCAAGAGAAAGAUUGAAGCGGCAAUUGACUUGGUCAAGUUUAGCGGUGAGGACCAGCCUGUUAUCCUUGUUGGUGGAGGGAGCGUUCUUGUGGAUUUGUCACAGACAUUGAAAGGAGCAUCAAAAGUAUUUUGUCCUCCAAACUAUCAGGUUGCAAAUGCCGUUGGCGCUGCCUUAAGCAAAGUCAGUGGUACAUUUGAUCAUGUAGUCCCUUUGAAAAACACAACCCGUGAAAAUGCAUGGGAGGAGGCCGAGCGAGGGGCGCGUAAAAGAGCAGUGGAGGCUGGAGCUGACGAACAAACCUUGGAAGUUAUCGACAAAGAGGAGGUUCCGCUGGCUUAUCUGCCUGGAAAUGUAGUGCGGUUUUACCUGAAAGUGGUUGGAGAUUUGGCUGAGUGCAAAGCAAACAGCAUUGAUGAAUUAUCGGAGAUGGGAUUAAAGAUAUCUAGCAUCUUGUCGAGUGAAAAACUUUCACCUUUCAAAGAAGUCUCCGAAGAGGCACAGCAGUCGAGCGCACAAGACGAGGACGCCAUUGUGUUUCGUGAUCCGUAUGUAGACCCGACAACAGGUGACUGGAUACUGAACAAAUUUGAUAUCGAGUGUAUCGCCAUCGGAGCAGGUAUCAUGGGAUGUGGUGGAGGAGGCAGUCCAUAUCUUGGGAGACUGAGAGCGCUGGAUCUCAUUAAGAAUAAGAAGGAGAUUCGUGUAGUGCAUCCGAACAGACUAGGAUCAACUCCUGAAUUGAGGGGUAACGUAAUAACUCCAGCCUUCAUGGGUGCCCCUGUUAUCUUGAUUGAGAAGCUUUUUAGUGGACGAGAAAGUAUCUCAGCUGUGGAGGCAGCUUCAGCAAUUUUAAGGGCUGGUGGUGCUAUUAAUGAACAUGACAAUGGGGAUGGAAUCAGGGAAGCGAAAGAUGUUCAAGACUGGAUGUCUUCUAAAAGUGAGCUUGAAUCAAAAAGUAAAGUCGUCGCAGUAGUGUGUGCCGAGAUAGGAGGUGCCAACUCUAUUGAGCCCUUAGUGGCUGGUGCAGAACUGGGACUCCCCAUUGUGGACGCAGAUGGCAUGGGGCGAGCUUUUCCUGAGUUGCAGAUGUUUUUGCCGUUUGUCUAUGACAGCCUGCCAUACCCUGCAGCUGUUGGGGAUGAGAAAGGAAAUGUAGUUGCGUUGACCUUUGCAGAAACGCCAAAGCACUUGGAAGGCUUUCUAAGGAUUAAAACAUGUUACUAUCCUAAAGAGUCUUUUAGGUCAAAAGAAUAUUGAAAACGUAGCUUUGAUGAUUGAGAAUUAAAUCGUGUCUUUUUCAUGUGACGUUUCGUCGUCCACAGAGUAGGACCCGAUUUACAUCAGCGGCACAUGUUUAGUUAUAACCAAGUUUAACUGAAUGAAAAUCGGAAACGAAGAACAAGAAAACUAAAUAUUUCAUGAUUCAAGAAAUCACGAACUUUUACUUUCAGUGCGCUAGAUUUGAAGUCAACAAAGUUCAGUUUAAGUAGCUUAAAUCAAGAAAACAAAUUGAACCAUGUUUAUCAAAACAGGUUUAGCACAUAAAAGCUUUAAUUGCUGUGAAUGGAGUAGAGGAAAAAAUCUUGCGUGUGUACACCUACGCCGAUUACUAAGGCCACUAGGUUAGUGGUCGUAGUUGCAAAUAAAACAUUUUGACUUCUUUAGAAGUUUUAAGGUAA